AUGGCUACUGACCCAGGAGAGCCCACAGGCACUGAGGACUCCUCAGAGAAACCUGAUGGACAGAGGAAAGAGGACACGGAGCGGGAGGGCCGGGACAACCAACAGUGGGAGAGGACACAGAGCAACCCGUCAGACCUCUCCUCCGCCCAGACUCCAGGGAGGAGAGCGGCAGGAGUAGAUGAUGGAGGGAUCCAAGGAGGAGGAGGACAAGGGGAAGCCAGCAAGGAGAGAGAGGAGACCAUGCUCAAACCGAUUUCAUUCACCACACGCUCCUUGUCGGUCGACACUGGUCAGAAACAACUGAGGAGGGAGAAGCGCUUUUUCAGGAAGAGCGUUGAGGUUUGUGAGGAGGACGAUGAGCUGGAGGUGACCCCCGAGGCGGCCCACAGCGCCCCACAACUGGAGCUGCGUCCCUCAGACUCGGUCUUCACAAGCAGUGCCGAACAGCAGGGGGCUGAUGCGACCUGCGUUGCUCUCGGCAACGACCCAUCUUGCGCCAGCUCCAGCCAGGAGCCUGGAAAGGAUGUUCUUUCGUCCUUAGCCAUCCAGAGGGGGAAGGAAAGGGACCGGGAGCUGGAGGAAGAGGCCGAGAUGAAGGCUGUGGCCACCUCUCCUGGAGGAAGGUUCCUCAAGUUUGACAUAGAACUGGGAAGAGGAGCCUUCAAAACUGUUUAUAAAGGCCUGGACACGGAGACCUGGGUGGAGGUGGCUUGGUGUGAACUCCAGGACCGCAAACUGACCAAGGCGGAGCAGCAGCGCUUCAAGGAGGAGGCCGAGAUGCUGAAGGGGCUUCAGCACCCCAACAUCGUCCGCUUCUAUGAUUCCUGGGAGUCUGGGCUGCGCGGCAAGAAGUGCAUCGUACUGGUCACGGAACUCAUGACUUCAGGAACACUCAAAACGUACCUAAAGCGCUUUAAGGUGAUGAAACCCAAAGUCCUGAGGAGUUGGUGCAGGCAAAUUCUGAAGGGCCUUCACUUCCUUCACACCAGGACUCCUCCCAUCGUCCACCGGGAUCUCAAAUGUGACAACAUCUUCAUAACGGGCCCUACAGGAUCAGUCAAGAUAGGUGACCUCGGACUGGCCACUCUGAUGAGGACCUCCUUUGCCAAGAGUGUCAUAGGAACGCCUGAGUUCAUGGCGCCAGAGAUGUAUGAGGAGCACUAUGAUGAGUCUGUGGAUGUUUACGCCUUUGGGAUGUGCAUGCUGGAGAUGGCGACGUCAGAGUAUCCCUACUCGGAGUGCCAGAACGCAGCUCAGAUCUAUCGCAAAGUCACAAGCGGUAUAAAGCCAGCCAGCUUUGAUAAAGUGAACGAACCAGAGAUAAAAGAGAUCAUCGAAUGCUGCAUUCGUCAGAACAAGAGCCAGCGAAUGUCCAUCAGAGACCUCCUGAAUCAUUCGUUCUUCGGGGAGGACACGGGUGUCCGGGUGGAGCUGGCAGAGGAGGACACAGGCACCCAGGACUGUUUGGCUCUCCGGAUUUGGGUUGAAGACCCGAAGAAGCUCAAGGGGAAGCACAAAGACAAUGAGGCCAUUGAAUUCAGCUAUGACCUGGAAAAUGAUAGCGCUGAGGAAGUGGCUCUAGAGAUGGUGAAGUCCGGUUUCUUCCACGAGAGCGACGCCAAAGUGGUGGGAAAAUCCAUACGGGAUCGGGUGAGUCAGAUCAAAAAGUCACGGGAGCGUCGGCAACAGCAGCAGCUCCUCCUGCAGAACCAGGGCCUCGAGGAAAGGAGGGACUCCACUCUCACCUCCCACACCUUUUCUAAUCCACUGAGCUCCUCCACACUGGGACCAGGGGCAGCUGGACAAACAGGAGGAGGAGGAGGAGGAGGGCAGGAGUCGGAGGAGCUGCCUGAAGUGGACCAACAUGUCAGACAGCAGCUUAUAUUCAGUGGGACAACCCUUAGUCUGCCAGCACCCAUUAAUGUCACUACACCCAUGUCCGUCAGUGAUCCUGCUGGACAAGCAGGGAGCAUUGUGCCCCCCGCUCAGCAGACCCAGCCCCCUGCCACUCCCAUGCAGUUCACUGACAUCAUUCCCCAGGCAGCACCCCAGCAAACGCAACCUCUCAUGAUCCCUCAGCAGACCAUUGUCCAACAACAACAGAUUGGGAUGGAUCCACAGACCUCCACCCUUCAGCAACCACAACAGCAAAUGGAGGCCCAUGCCACUGUGCUCGAACAACAACUCAGUGCCCCUCAGCAGCCCGCGGAACAGCAGCAGAGCCUCGCAGCUACAACCGUACAUCAACAGGAGCCUCAGCAGCAGAUCUAUGCGCAGCAACCGAUUCCACCUGUCCAGCCAGCUCCUCAUCAGCAAGUGUUGCCCACACAAACAGCCGGAACGCAAAACGAACUGGAGAAGCAGCACCAAAGUGGACAACAGCAGCAAAACAUUGCAUUACAGCAGCAGACUCAACAGCAAACAGAGCAACAACUCCAGCAGCACGCCUUACUCCGACAAAUGGAACAGCAACAGCAACAGGCACUAAUACAGCAGCAUUUGCAAAGGAGCGCUAUGUUACAACAGCAGCAGCAGCUUCAACAGAAUGCUCAGCUCCAGCAACAAGAGCAGCAACAAGUGCAACUCAAGCAGCAGAUAGAGCAGCAGCAGCAGCAGCAGCAAGCUCUGCUGCAGAAACAGUUCGAACAGCAGCGUCAGCAACAAGUCCUGCUACAACAGCAGGCAGAGAGAUUACAGCAGCAUGCCCUCAUACAACAACAAAGUCAAGAGCAGCAGCAACAGCAGCAGGCAGCAAUCAUUCAGCUUCAGCAAACUGAGAUACAAGAGAGUGUCUCCUUUCCACAAAGUAACAGCAAGCAGCAGAUUCAGCCGCAAUCAACUGAUAUACAGCCUGUGUGUAUCCCACAAAUGAACACCUCUCAGUUUACACCUCAUACGAGUCUCACACAGCAGGCGAUAGAGCAGCAGCAGCAGCAAGCAGUAUUGAUCCAGCAGCAAAACGCAUUUAUUACCCAGCCGCAGAACCAUCCCUCUGUUAUGGAACCUCAUAUUCCAGUGGGCACUGAGGUGAUUCAGCACCAAACUCAAACUAUCUCACAGGCCCAGUUCCCCAUGGCCAUCCAGACGACGCAGAUCCCUCUCCAGACAACUGCUGUUGCUCAAGUCUUCACCCAGCAAAGACAAAACGAGGCCCAUCUCCAGAACCAGGGCCAGGUACCAGUCCACUUCUUAGCCCAGUCUGCAGCCCAAGCAGCUCGGGCUAUGGCUGAGGCUCAUGUACCUCCUCCAGCAGCAAUGAUCCAGGGACAGAAUCAAAUCAUCCAGACCCAGCAAAUUCCAUUACAGACAAGUUACCCAGGACCUGUCACUUCCACACAGAUCCAAGUAACUGCUCUGCCAUUAAUCCAGACUCAGCCUUUGCACCAAACAAUUACUCAGUCCCAGCAGCCACAUGGCCAAGGCCCAACUGUUGACACUCAGAUGAUGGGCCAAGCUGCUUUCCAGCCUCCAGCUGCAGGUGCUUCAAUUCCCAGUCAAAUCCAACAUGAGUCUCUUGUUCAGCAAAAUGCUCAGAUGCCAGGGUUCAUGCAGCCACAGCCCCAGCUCCAGCCACGUCAAGACCAGCCAGCUGGCCAGGUGCAUGCUCAGACUGCCGCUGGCCUUUUGACCUCUCAGUAUGUCACUCAGCUUACCCACCAAGCCAUGCCAUCUGCACAGCAGGAUAUAUCCCAUAUUACACAACAGCAGCAGCAGCCAGUACUCCAGUAUCAGCCGAUCAUUCUAUCUCCUGGCUCAGCCGCUGUUGGGACCAAGACAGAUCUCAGUUCCGCAGUAGACCCAGCGAACUUUGCUUCCCCUCCUCAUCCUGUACAGCAGGCUGGACAAGGCUAUGUUCAAGGCCAAGUUGUUCAGGAUCAGCAGCAGCAGACCUUUGGAAGCACCACUGACCCAUCAUUUAUUCAGGCCCUCUCCCAGCCUGCCGUGCCCCAGGCGACUGAGCAAUACCAGCAGCAGCUGCAGAAGCUUCCUCAUGUGCAUCAACCCCUUGCUCAACCUCCUCCACAAUCUCAGUUGCUGGCACAGCCCAUUGCUAUUCCUAUCCAGCAACCAGUUCCUGUGACAGUGGCCCAUCAUCCUGCACAGACAGUCUCCAGUAACGUGGCUGAACCUCAGUCUGAGAACAGGACCCUUCCCCUCUACAGUCAUCUAGUGACAAGCGCCACUUCGUCUCCACAGCACCAGGCCAACCAGAUGCUGCCAGCUCACACACACACACAAACCAGCUACCAGGCCCAAGUACACUCCCAGACACAUACACACACUCAGAUACAGUCUCAUUAUCAGACACAGGCUCAUUAUCACACUCAGACACUCACUGACACGCGUAGCGCUGAACAACCUGUUUUGCCCAGUGCUGUCUUUCCUGCACAACAAAUGUCCCCCAGUCCCUCUCAUACCCCAUGUCCCCCAACAACACUACCAUAUCUCAUAUCCCACUAUCCUGCUGCUGCCCCUGCUCCAGAGCUGCCUACAUCUCCGCCAGCGGCUCAGGUAACCUUCCCAAGGCAGGCCGACUUUAUCCCCACUUCCCCUCCGCCUGCCGCUACUCUACAAUCGCUUGAUUCUAAUGCCCCCAAACCCUCCCAAGCCUCGCUGCAAGACUGUGACCUUUCCCUGCUUGGCAAUGCUCAGGAUGGCCGAUACCUGUCAAGUAUAGAACAUCAUUCUUCUGCAGGGUAUGUUCCAGCUAAUGGAGAGGAAACUCUUCAGUUCUUGGCCAAUGGUAAAUUAGAGCAAUUGAAAACUCCGAGAAGAGCUUCCUGUCAGAGGCCUGAGAAAGUUUCACAUCAGUUUCAACUGAGCAUGCUCCAGGUGUCCAGCAGUGGGGACAAUAUGGUGGAAUGCCAGUUGGAGACCCAUAGCAACAAGAUGGUGACAUAUAAGUUUGACAUUGAAGGGGAUGCACCUGAGGACAUCGCGGAUUACAUGGUGGAGGAGGACUUUGUUCUUGAUGUGGAGAAAGAGCAAUUUGUUGAGGAGCUUAGAACAAUAGUUAAGAAAGCCCACGAAUUUCUUCAGACACACUCGCAGACUGGAUCGACUGAGCAGCUUCAUGUGGGCACCCCCCCCAACACGGACUCAGCGCCCCAUUCCUCCCCAGUGGGCCGCUGGCGCUUUUUUAUCAACCAGACCAUCCGCCAUAGAGACUCCCUUUCCAGCCAAGGAGCAGCCACACCACUGUCAACUACAGACAGGAUUCCCCUGUCUCCUCAAACAGAGAAAGAAAGUGAAGGAUUCCAAAGUCUGGAGUCCUUGACUGGAAGGGCCUCUCCCCCCUGCCCCACCCUUUCUGCUACCUCCCCACCAGUCUCCACUGUCUCAGCUCCUGCCUCCAUAUCCCCCCCAGUCACCACAACCCAUGCUCCCCUCACCACUGCCUCUGAAAGCAUCUCUGCACCAGCCUCCACUCUGCAGGCCUCUGUCCCUGUCACUGCUUCAGGUUGUCUCGAACUGACAGUCCUCCCCUCAGCUUCUGCUGACCAGAUUACCAGUGCUCCAUCAUCCAUAGUAAUACCUGCUGCUUCUAACCUCCCCACCUUGUCCACUGCUCCUUCUGUUGUGUCUCACGCACCCACCGCCGUUCUUCCUGGCAUCAUCACUUCUCCUGGAACCAGUGGAUGUUCCACUGGGGGUCAAAUUAUAGGGGAUGCAGUGUUAACCGCUCCAAGGUCAUGUGUGUCCGCAGCGGACCAGUCCUCAACCUCUUUUAAUUCCCCCCCUCCUGCUACUGCACUGACCUCUUCGGCAGGAAGCCAAGCUGGCACGGAGCAACAGCAGACACUUGCCCAGGUGGCCAAACCAAUCCAUCAACAACCACAGCUACUGGUGCAGCAGCAGAUACCAGUAGUGCCACAGCAACUGCAUACAAUGCAGCUUGAACUGCAGGCACAGCCGAUACAGCGUGCAACACCACAACAGCAAACACAACAUCAAGAACAAAUUCAGCUGCAGCAGUCUCUCCAGCACUUGCAGCAGCAGCAGCUCGUGCAGAAACAAACCCAACUUCAACAACAGGUGACUGAGAUGCAGGCGUUGCCUCAGCCAGGUCACCCAGAGGUGUUACAGCAGUCUGUCCCUCUGCAGCAGUUUCUUCCCCCAGACCCCCGACAGCAGACCCAACAGCCCCUUUUCCAACAACAGCAAACAGCACAGUGUGCUCCACAGCUGCUGCAGCAGCCGCAGUUACAGCAGCUACCUCAGCAGAUCAUGGCACCACUUGCUGCUGCAGUGCCGCAACAGCAGGCCCACAUUGAUCACCUGCAGCAGCAACAGCUAAACCUGCAACAGACGAUACACUUACAGCAACAGCAGUUACAGCAGCAGCAGCUGUUUAUGGAUGCUGUGGCUUUAAAGUCAGAUCAAGAUCAAAUGUUGCCCCUGUCAAUAAGUCAACAGUUUCUUCAACAGCAGGCGCCACUAAAUGUCGGCUUUGUACCGCAACAGCAGAUUCCACAGCAAACCCAAAUCUCUGCUGAGCUGGCACAACUAAGUAUUCAGUCCCAGACACAGCCAAAACAUGUUGAGCAACAACAGGAUGUUAAAGCUGUGGACACACCCCAGACACAGCAGCAGUUUCCUGUGCAGAAGCAGACGUCAGAGUCAGAGAUGUCCACAGGGGAGACGAGUGUCACAGAGGACACAGGCAGCUACUCUGCCAAUUUCCGCCCUUCCUCUGACUCGUCUCUGCCCCCUCUCCAUCUGGGCAGUGCCGAAGCCUCCUUGCCCGCUCUCUCCCUAACUAUGACACCAUCCCCUGCUCAGCCCUCCUCUGUGGCUGAGUCAGACAGUGAAGGCCCGCCCAAAAUAGAAUUUGUAGAUAACCGCAUAAAGACUCUGGAUGAAAAGCUGAGGAACCUGUUGUAUCAGGAGUACAGCAGCGGGGCAGUGUUGACCGGAGGAGCCGCCUCCGGCCCAACAUCAGCUGCCUCCACAUCAGCAGGAGGAGACGAGUCAUCUGAGCCCCAGUCACUCCACCACUUGUCUUUUCCCCCACCUGACUCCUCCUCAGAUACUUCCCCACACUCCUCAUCCUCCACUACCUCUUGCACCACCUCCCGCUGCUCCUCCACCUCCCCUGACCCAGAGAGGCAAGACGACGCUUCCUCAGAAGGGCCCAAGUCUGCUGGUCCGUGGGCGGUGGAGCAGCAGCCUGGGCCGUGUCUCCCCUCCACCUCUGCGUCAUCGACCCCACCUACCUCUCUUCUGCCUCCCAAUCAGGAUGACUCUACUGGGCCCCAGCGCCCACCUGUACCAGGAGAACCAACCAUUCUUGCUGUACCCCCACAAUCUGAUACCAGUACGACUGGAGACGCAUCGUGGCCUCCCAAUCAGCAGCCGAUCCCCCUCCGGCAUGGACAGCAGCAGCACAAUGCAGGAGAAGGCCGUUCUACCCGUCAAGCACUUAAAGAGGAGAAGGAGGCACCAUCCAUGAAUUCACCUCAGUCACGCAAAGGGCGAUUUCAGGUGACUCCAGUGCUCCAGACCUCUCCCCCUAAGGAGGUACCAUCCGGUCAUGGUAGCACUCACAGGAAAGUGGGACGCUUCUCUGUAACCCAGACUGAGACUAGCGGGCAUACUGUUAGCUCCCCGCUGUCUUCACACUUGGAGAGGGAGAGGAAGAGAUCUCGGGCAAAGGAAGGAGAGAAAGAUGAACAUAAGAAGACCCCAGCGAUGGCCCAUCCGCCUCGGGGUCAUGGACACAGCCACUCACCGCUGGGCAGCAGCGAUGAUGAGGAUGAGACUGAGCUGGAGGAGGAAGACCUGAGAAAAGAGCUACACACGCUCAGAGAGAAGCACAUCAAAGAAGUGGUUUCCCUUCAAGCUCAGCAGAACAGAGAGUUGCAGGACCUUUACAGACACCUUCGUUCAUCCAAAGACCAACGGCAGAGUCUGCCUGCCUCCCUUUGCCGAACCCCUUCUCUUCCCACGGCGGCUCCUCUCCUCUCUCCUCGCAGACCCAGGCCUGCCAAAAUCAAACUGCGGCCCCGGCCUCACUCUCACAUGGAUAACAACGGAGUAACGCUCUCUGGGUUUCAGCAGUCAAGUAGUUUCUCAGGUGGCGAACAGAAUAGACUGCCACUAUACUGCAACCCCGAGCAGCCCCCAUCACUGCCUGUCAAAAGAGAUCAGAGUCCUCUGAGAAAAAGCACAUUCACAGAUGAACUGCACAAACUUGUUGAUAAUUGGACGAAGGAGACGGUGGGCGCCAUCCCACCAAAACCUUCCCUGAAUCAGAUCAAGCAGAUUCAGCAGGUGCAGGAGUUGGGAGGCUGGAGCCAGCAGACUGAGGUGGCUCCACCAGGUUGGUUUCCUGUGGCAACUCUGAACCCCCAGGCCUCCCCGACCCCUGCCAGCUUGCCUGUGGCGGCCCCUUCUCAUUACACAGGUGGAGGGAGCCUGUCCACCCUGCCCUCACCCGGACCUCCGCCACAAACGCACGUGGCUCAUGCGCCACAGAUGCAGCCAAGUUUACACCUGCAUCAGUCUCUCCCCCUCCAGCAGAUGACCUAUCAGCCAUCGCCGGUUUGCCACCAGAUACCACAGCCCCUGAUGCAAACUCCAGUGCAGUCUCAGUCUUUACCACAGACGCAGCCCAUUACCCAGCUGCCCAACUCACCACCUCAAAGCCAGCCACUGCUGCCUUCUCAAAUGCCCACACCUCCAGUGUCCACGGCCGUAUCUCUGCUGCCCGGCAGUGGGACCACUGCACCCAUAGAUAGUACUGCUGCUACUGGGGGGACAUUUUGCUCCUGCUCCUCAUCCUCUUCCACCUGUUCCUCGUCUUGCUCUACUGCUGCUCUACCUUCCAGUGCCAAAAUCCACCCAACACCCCCAACCUCGGCUCUUCCUCUGGGACAGAAAUGAAACCAAGGUGAAGUGAGGGUCAAUAUGAAGGUGCAAGAGAUUGAAGUAUGAAGUUGGUCAGGAUGUAAAACAGAUCCACGCGGAGUGUUAGUUCUGUGUAUACAUGAGCGAGGUGUGAGUGCAAGGAAUUUAUGGAUACCAGUGUACGUGAGGGAUGAUAGAUUCUAGUAUGUACAAAACAGACGGUAAUAAGGGGAACACAGAAGAGGGGGUUUAUGGUUCACGGUAUGUUUGGGUGUUGCGAUGUAAAAAUUCUUUAAUGUAUGAGUGUGUGCUUUUAUGAGUGUGGGUGAGUGUAUGUGCAUUAUCUAAGUACAUAUCCCUGAUGUCCUUUGGCAUAAAUUAUGUUCCUUUUUUCGUUUUAAAACCAACUCAGUUGGACCUGAAUUCUCCCGGAGCAGAGACAAGAGGGUCAAGCUGUUUGACAGUGUGUUGACAUUUAUUGUUUUUCUUAUCAAUGCUUACAGUAAAAGGACUAUCAAUUUUAAAAGUGCAAUUAGUAAUGGUCAUCGAAAUUGAUCAGCAUGUGUUGUAUUGAUUUGUCUGUAAGGCAUAAAAUAUUUUUGUAAAAGCACAUUAAAGACGCAUAGAGCAUUUUUCCAUGAUCUUUACAUGAUCUUUUAAAACUUUAGGCCUACAGCACAAGGUGUUUAAAUGGGCAACAAACAACUAAACUAAACAGCAGCAUGUUACACAAAAGAGCACGGUUAAGUUAUCUGGCUUCCAUUUUAUUACCACAAUACGACCAAAUACAUUGUGACAGUGUUGUGCACUGUACAGCAUGUGCUUAUCUUUUUGUUAUUUUGUGUUUGUACCAUAGAUGCAGACUGAAUAACCGUGUGUGAUAUGAUAUAAAGUCUGAUUGAUUCUUAAUAUGAUGGUAAAUUGAAAUUGAAAGACUAAAUGACCUUAUGACUAACUUGAAUUGCCUAAGUGCAAACUGCUUGCACUUGCUAUAUUACUGAAUCUCACAUUUACUGUUUGCAGCCCAUUGAGAAAAAUAAUUGGUCAUGAGUAAACUUGCAUUCAGGAUGACCUGCUUUCCUAUUUGACUUUCUAGUUUUCAGUUGUGGCUCCACAUAUCACAAUAUAUCACCUUGUCAUUCUGAGGUAGAGAAGUACAAAAAACAGAGAACUGCCAAGUUAAUAAAUACCGGGGAGACCAUGUGGGUUAUUCCCAUACUGCCUUUUAAAAUGAGUGCAUUUUUGUGAGUGUGUGAGUGUUUAUUUGUUGUGUGACAAAGCUUUGUUGUAGUCUCAUGGUACAUUGCAAUAUAGACUGCACCCCUGUUUCUUUAAUUCAAAGCGGCCUCUCAAAUGUCACCGUACCCAAAUGAAGACGUUUACCUUGCCUGUGUCUUGGGCUUGUUUCCUCAUCAAACAAAACAAGUGAGACUUUUGACCAUUUGCCAGUUGUAAGCUUAAUGUCCAACACUGUUGUGGGAUCCUCCCUUGCCUAUUUGUCAACUUUGUUUGGCGUCGUACAUUUUCCUUAUUUCAAUCGUAAACUACCUUCAAAACUAGUCUUCAACCACAUCUGUCAGAAUACAACUGUGGGCCAUAAUUGUGUUUUAUGCACUGCAAAAGGUUUACUCAAGUCAAAAUGUUCCAUUCCUUUAUUUCCAAACUCACUUAAUUUGUAGCCGCAGGAAUAAACAGAGUAAUACAUCAGGAGCGGAUAUAUAUCUGUACAUUUUAUUAGGUUAUCAGUGUGCUUAGCCAUUCACACAAGACCAUUGAUAGUCAGCCAUUAAUAUUUUUUUGGCUUAAUAAGUAGCCUGUAGUCGCAGUAGCAUUUCUGUUUUAUUAAUGAUAGCGAGAUCGUGUGCCACAGAAACAGGACAUUUGUACAGGUUGUAAAAGACUGCUACAUGUGAGUCAAAGAAAUUAAAAACAGGGAUGGUUAAGGACUUCUCUAUGCUAAAGGGUACGGUUGUUCAGAAACUGCAAUUGCAUUAUCUAGAGUUUAACGAUGGUUUUCUGUAUUUGUCGCUUUCCACGACAACCCACAUUUUCACAGCGAUGUAGUCCAUUAUUAGUGAAGGUGAGAUACUGUGCUGUCAUGUCUGAUACUAACAUGUUGACUGCAAGCUACAGCUCAACGAUCAUGACUUAUGAUGUGGAGAUGGCUUUGUCCUUGAAGUGUUACCAAAAUGUUAUCUAAAAGAUAAAGAUUAUUUUUGUAUUUUGAACUGGGGUUGUACAAAUUGUAAAACUGUAGAAAACAAUGGUUUUCAUCGCUGUUUACAUGGGACUCCCCUUACUUUGAUAUACCUCUUUGACAGGCCAGGGUCAUUUAAGGUCAUGUUCAGAGAAUUUUGGUCCAUUUUUAACUUCUUAUUUCCGUUUUGAACAUGGAAACCUGGAUGAUAAACAACAGAAUGACAUGAGCUACUGGGAUUUAGGUUAUAUAUAAAAUAAACUCCAAAUUAAUGCAACAAACACCUGGGGAGUCCCAAAUGGCAUGACUGAGAACCAAUCCUAAAAUCAUUUUUGGGCAAGGAGACCUGGAAAAUAAAGUAAGUUUCUGGUGAUUUAGCCUCUGUAAAUUGUAACUAAUUCAACUGUUGAUUUUAUUUAUGUUUUGUAACUAAUCAAAAUAAAUGAUGUCAAACAUCAAAUUGUA